CCGUGGCAGGUUGUGUGUUGUGAGGUUUAGACAGUUUAGUGUUGGAGUGUGUGUGUGUGUGUGUGUGUGUGUGUGGAGAUGGAGGUGUGUGUGUGCUCCGUGCUGCUGGUGUGUGUGUGUGUUUAUGUGACAUUGCAGCUGAUCCGCUUCAUCACCGCUGAUGCUGAUUUCACUCUGCUGUGGGCGGCUGCUGUGGGGAAAAGCCCAGGCGUGGCUCUGAGGCAGAAGGUGGUGUGGAUCACCGGAGCGUCCAGCGGGAUCGGGGAGGAACUGGCGUAUCAGCUGGCUGCAGUCGGAGCUCGGCUCGUGCUGUCUGCACGCCGAGAGAACGAGCUGCACAGAGUCAGGAGGAAGUGUUUGGAGCUGUCCUCUUUAGAAGACAAGGAUAUUCUCGUUCUUCCACUUGAUUUGUUGGACCGAUCGACUCACGGAGAGAAAACCGAUGCUGUUCUGCAGCAUUUCGGCAAGAUAGACGUGCUGGUGAAUAACGGAGGGCGGAGUCAGCGCUCUCUCUUCAUCGACACCGACAUCGAUGUUUUCGGCAGCCUGAUGGAGCUCAACUACCUGGGAACCAUCUCCGUCACCCAGCACGUCCUGCGGCACAUGAUCCACCACGGCGACGGUAUCAUAGCAACCGUCAGCAGCAUCGUGGGCCUGGUGGGGGCGCCGCUGUCCACCGGAUACUCAGCCAGCAAACACGCACUGCAGGGUUUCUUUAAAUCCCUGACGACGGAGCUAACGGAGUAUCCAAACAUCACCAUCAGCACCAUCUGCCCCGGGCCGGUCGUGUCCCAAAUCGUCCACAAUGCCUUCACCGAGCAAGUCGACAAGCCGGUAUCUAUGGCAGGAGAUCAGACCCAUAAGAUGUCGACUGAGCGUUGCGUGCGUCUGAUCCUGGCCGGUCUGUCCAACCGCGUGAAGGAGAUGUGGAUCGCUCAGCAGCCGUUUCUUCUCUUCUUCUACUUGUGGCAGUACACGCCCACCCUCGCCUGGUACAUAACCAACCUGCUCGGCAGGAAACGAGUGCAGAACUUCAGAGCUGGACUGUGUAUUUUUCUCUAGGACGCAGACGCGGCGUAUUUUACCAAGCUGAAGGCCAAGUCGAGCUGAAAACCUGCACUGAUCCACUACUGAAAAACUACUAAAGCUCUACCUAUGGUACUGAAUAUAGUGUAUAGUAUUAUAUAUAACAUAUAGCACUGUGUGUUGUCUAUAGUACUGUAGGGCUACAAACUAUAUAUAAUUGGAUUUGAUUCUAUAUGAUUCUAUUGCUGCAUUCGACUAGAAGUCAUAACUUGUAAUUCCCAAUUCCGAUCAGGGAAAUUCCGAUCAAAUUUUUUUUGCUGGCUGAUGAAAUCAAUGCGUGUUUAGUUUUUACAUUUAAUUAUCAGUGCACUACUGUAGAAAAAUUACCCGUAAUGUUUCUAAAAGAACAAACAAUAUUCUGUAGAUUAUCCACAUGGACAUGAUGCUGUAUUGAACAAAUAAUUAAAUAAAUGAAUUAUUAAGUAAGUAAGUAAUUAAUUAAUUAAAUGCACUGUGAGCCACUAGAGGGCACCAAAUUCUCGUUCUUUAAGAGUUUAUGUUUUUGAUCUGUUUUAAAGUUUGAUGGCUAAUCGCUUGUUUUAGAGUUUAUAAAGCUUUAAAAAGAUUUAAAAAAAGAAAUUUACGGUCAUAUCAUUAAAGCCGGGGUUAACUCGC